AUGGUUCAGACUGAUUCAAAUUCGAGCUCGGUGGCUGAACACAAGAGGCUGGUAAUACAGAACAGCCAUGGUGAGAAGCUUGUUGGAAUAUUUCAUGAAACAGGCUCUCCCGAGCUUGUAAUUAUAUGCCAUGGAUUCCGUUCCUCGAAGGAUCGCAUUCCUAUGGUGAACCUUGCUGCUGCUUUUGAAAAAGAAGGAAUUAGUGCCUUCCGCUUUGACUUUGCUGGCAAUGGGGAAAGUGAGGGAACAUUUCAGUAUGGUAACUACCGUAGAGAAGCUGAUGAUCUAAGAGUUGUGGUCAAACACUUUCGUGGAGAGAAACGAUGUGUAGUGGCAAUUAUUGGGCACAGCAAAGGAGGGAAUGCUGUGCUUCUUUAUGCUUCAAAGUGUAAUGACAUAAAAACAGUUGUAAAUAUUGCUGGACGUUAUAAUCUAAGGAGAGGAAUUGAAGGUCGCUUGGGUAAAGACUUCCGAGAGAAAAUUGAGCAAAAUGGAUUCAUUGAUGUAAAAAAUAGAAGAGGGAAGAUUGAAUAUCGUGUGACUAAGGAAAGUCUGAUUGACCGUCUAGCAACUGAUACUCAUGCUGCAUGUCAAUCCAUCCAUCCAAGCUGCAGGGUAUUAACAGUUCAUGGUACAUUGGAUGAAUUUGUACCAGUUGAAGAUGCAACGGAAUUUGCCAAAUAUAUACCAAAUCAUAAGUUACAAAUUGUUGAAGGAGCUGAUCAUGAAUACACUUCACAUCAAGACGAAUUGGCUUCUAUUGUGCUGGAUUUUGUGAAGACAAGUUUAUAUAAAGACAUGUGUGUUCCUAAAACAUCAUCGUCUUGUACAAACACUGAUAAAUUAUUUGAUUCACGCCUUUGA